GUUGCUCGAGACCAUGUCCGCUCAUGCUAAACUUUUCAUGGGCAUAUGAUCUUCAAUUCUCUAGGUUUAAUGGGUCAAUCAACUUCUUGGAAAAUCAAUAGGAUUUUGAAAUGCCAAAGUUCAAGUUGGUUGGAACAAAGCUGUAGUAGUUUAACCUCUUUGGGAACCCGUUCGCAGGCUCGCCAACCUGCCGGUUUACUGGAUUUAUUGAUGUUAUUCAUUGAUGAUUUGCUUGACUCCCGUCUUAAAUUCCCAUGGAGAAGGCCUUUUCUGAUCAAUAAGGCCAGUCACAGAGCCUCCUUUAUUCUGUGGAAAGCCAUUCGAUACAAGCAAUUCGCUGAUGAUACACUAGACAUAGAAUUGGCCUGUGAUCCUUAAUGUGUUCUGCUACCGGAUUUGUCAUAGUACUCCGCCAUUAUUAAGCAUACAGAUCGUACCAAGGUUCACGGUAUCUGAUUCACAAAAGUUGUUUGUUGUAUUUGGCUCCAGAGAAAUGUGAAGCUAUUUGAUAGCUUUGUAUACUUGUGCUUAAAGAUACACUUUCGCUUGUUUUCUUCAGACGCCCAACUCUGGCUGCCGAUUCAUUAGUUUGCUUUGGACGCUAUGGCUGGUUUGUCUUAUAGGUUUCUUCCUCAUCAGCAUGUAUUAAAAGAGAGGUGUUCAAAAUAAACCCGAAAAUAUUUGGUGUGUUGUAUGGUUGUCAUUUGUAGCUUUGCUAUUGUAACCUUCUUUCUCUUGGUUAUAUAUUCAAUUCAGUCAAUUGCAAGUGAAAUCUACAUGUAAGAGCUUAAGAACUUUUUAUGAUUAGAAUAUAGUAGCCUAGUAGGUGAAUAUAUUGGUAAGCAGAGGUGUUCAAAAUUGAUACGACAAUUAAAUACUUAUUUGACUUUGUAAUCGAAUUUGGUUUGAUCCGCUUAGAAAAUGGAUUUACAACUAUAUAAAUGCCAAUAUGGACUCAAGACCUAUUUUUGAACUGGAAUCAACUUGAAAUAUUUGACACAAAAUUGACCUGAUGAUUCGAAUAAAAUGUUCUAUGGUGUGUAUGAAUAUAAGAACCGAUAUGCAAGAUUGUAAUGAAUGACAAAAUGAACAAAGCAAUGAACAACACGAGAUUUUAGGUGGUUCACCGAUUGAGGCUACAUUCACCUUAUCUAGUUAGGACAAUGUUAAUAUUGUCGUUAAAGGAUAAACUACAAAUUUGAAGGAAUUACAAUGUAAAUUUGAUGAGGAGAGGAGCU